AUGGAAAGCAUGGAUGCACUUCUCGCAAACCAAAUUGCAGUAACUGUAGUACAGUUUAAACCCCCGCAGCCCCCUAUCCAUAAAAUAGCAAACUCUUCAUUUGGAGCAAUCACUCUCGACAAAAUGGACCCUUGCACCUCGUACGAUGUACAUGUGGAGGCAUUUCGAGGUGCAGUCAGCAUUUUGUCUUACGUCGGAACAAUUGAAACACCACCCACUGAAAUUAGUCACGUUUUGUUUUCUUUUGUCAUUUUUGGUCCAAUUCUACUGACUCGAAAUGAUUUGGCUUUACAAUGGAAAACGGAGCAGAGUCGCCUGCAGGCAAAGUGUCAUUUACAUGCCAUUGCUACAAAGGGGGAAACUGUAAAUACGACAGUUUCAAAAGUGCUGCUCAUUUUGAUGAGAUAUUUCAACAAGUCAGAUCAGUUGUUAGGGUCUAAGGAACCCUAUGCUAAUGUUCCAGAACAAACUUUCAUCCUGCAUUCAAGAUCCUCUACCGAAGUUAAUCGUUAUCAUUCAAAUUAUAGUUUGAAGGUGGCCACUUUGCUAUUGGCAGUGGGGAAUUCGAUACGGACUCUAUUAUCACCAAACUGGUGCCUAUGGCAAGCAUGUAAAUUAGCUGCAGUGAAAUAUGCUACUUGUGGCAAAACUGCGCGGUUUAAAUAUAUUCACACUAGAUUCAAGCACGAUAGCUUGCCAAAUGACGCCGACUUUCUUACAGUGAAUAGCAAACGUACCAGAAGGGAAAAGGUUAGGUCUGUUUUGACAGAAAAAAUUAACCGUAAAUUUAACUUAUUUUAUACCAAAAAAGCUUUCGCAACAGCUCGCUUAAUUAGUCAAUUUCAAGGUCAUUGUCUGCAUUUUAGUACUUUGUCUGCUGGUUUGGAUAUGAUGGGUUUAUGGGGUGUGGAUACAGCUGCAGUGUCCGCCGAAGGGUACUUGCGUAUGCUCCUCUACAUUAAUGAACGUGAUCGCAUAUUCAGCAACAUCAGCAGAUGCAAUUUGAACAAACACAAGCCGAGCUCAAAAGAGGAUGACUUUAAAAUACGUUGGUUGAUUGUUUAA